AUGGUCACGCCCAUCGGCGCCGACGGGGAGAUGGAGGGGGCUGAGGACGCAGACACACCGGCGACGGGCGGUAUCCAGAGACGAGAGACACAGCGACAGCCACAGCGACAGCGACAGCGACAGUCCCACAGAGAACACGAUUUCUCGCACUCGAUCCCCCCCCCUGCGGAGUGUUAUCCAGCAAGGUACAGACAGCUCUGUGUACAGGUACAGGUACAGGUACAGGUUCAGGUACAGGUUCAGGUUCAGGUUCAGGUUCAGGUUCAGGUUCAGGUUCAGGUUCAGGUUCAGGUUCAGGUUCAGUUUACACGCAGCGAGUGGGUUGGCCGGCGUACGGUGACAGAACGAACCGGCGAUGCGCCCACCCACGGUAGCGACACACGGUCGAGAGGGGGGUUGCCGGUGCGUGCCGCCGCCGCCUGCGCCCAGCCCAAGUGUGGAACUACGCAUUUACGCUUCGGGGUUGUCUACUGGCAUCGUCUGUCUGUCUUCUCCUCUGCCGUCUGCCGUCUGCCGUCUGCCGUCUGCUGUGUCUGCCGUCUGCUGUGUCUGCCAGGCCAGCGCCAGGGUCAUGUGACAGCUUAUGGCGGCAGGGGGCGGCAGAACGCCCGAAGAGAAGACAAGACAAGACAAGACAAGAGAAGAGAAGAGAAGACAAGAGGAGAAGAAGAGGAGGAGAAGAGGAGAAGAGGAGAAGAAGAAGAAGAAGAGGAGGAGGAGGAGGAGGAGGAGGAGGAGGAGGAGAGAAGAGGAGAGAAGAGGAGAGGUGAGAAAGAGACAGGAGAUGAGACAGACGAUGAGUGA